AUGCUUCUAUCGAGCGCUAUGAUUUCAUGCGAAACGCCCGUGGUCUAUGCCGCGAGAUACGGAGAUAUACCGCACUUUACAGUUUGCUCUUCCGAAUCUCAAGGGUUCGACUGGAACCAGGAUAUCUUCGCAUCACAAUAUCAGCAAAUGUGCAAAGUGGUCUACGAUGGGCACGAGGAUUGUGUAGACGAGCUCCUAAGUCAGGAUUGGAACUGUGAACUGCACGACUCCCCUGACGUCUUCGACGAUGAGAACCAGGAUGUAUCUUCUCAGGACGAACUGCGGGUGCGCCGGGUUUCACAAGUACUUAUGCGCCCUCGAAGACGUUCCGAACGAAGCCUCAGUUUCGUUUCUGACUCCAAAAACGGCCAUUAUCAAAGGGCAGAGACCGUUGUGAUUGAUGUCGAAGAGAACACAGAGGAGAACAGGAGGUUAAAGCGACUCAUCAUGAGCGACAGAGAUAGGUGA